GUCUCGGUGCCAGAGCUGCGCGUGGACACGACGCUCAAAGGGCACCGUUAUGAAUAAGAAUUAAAGUAUUUCUUAACGUGGGCAUAGCAGGUUGUGACAGGCAGCGGAAACAGCUGUUAGGCUGUGUCAGCGCUCCUCCUUACCGCGUUCACCGGUGGUGGAUAGGGACGAAUUUAAACCCUAUACGGCCCAUUUUUUCUCCAGACGUCCCGGUAUAGGAGGAAACUAAGUCACUCCUUUAACUCGGUUCACGUCCUAGCAGGGACGAGGGAAAGCGUGCUCACCAUACCCUUUGUACUGAGGAAAGUGAAUGCUCUUAUUUCCUUUCAGUCGGUGGAGAGUUUAUGAAGUGGAACCCUCGGAUUCGUCACCGGGGGAAAGAGGGCGGUUCUGGUUUUAGUUCUACAAAGUCCGAAGCGGGGGAAAAUAGAAGUUACAACUUUACUAGAAAGUGAAGACGUAAUAACGUAAAUAGGUAGGGAAUGGAGAGAGCGGACAAACCGAGGGAAGUUUCCAAAGGCGAUGAAAAUUCAAAAGCGCAAGCCGCUACCUUACUGGGGUCCAGUGGGACGGAUUCGCAGAGCCCGUGCGCCGAUAGCGCAAAGAGGAGAAAGUCAAACAUGAAAAUUAUAAUUGGGGUGCUGCUGCUGUGUCUGCUGAUUAUCAUCCUGGUGGUUGUUGUCGUGCUGAAGCGACGCUGUGCCCUGGAAGCGGCGACCAGCUGCAGGACGAGGUGUGCGCCGGACCGCGAGGACGGGGCUGCGGCGUGUCGCUGUGACCCCGCCUGCCAGGCGGAGGGGACCUGCUGCCUGGACUACCAGGAAGUGUGCGUGGCACCGAUGCGCCUGUGGGCCUGCACCAAGUUCCGGUGCGGGGAGCGCAGGCUGGCGGGAAGCCUGUGCUCCUGCGCAGACGACUGCGCCGCCGAGGGAGACUGCUGCUCCAGCUACAGCCAGGUGUGCCGAGGGGAGCAGCCGUGGGUGGAGGGGACGUGUGAGGACCUGGAGUCUCCGCAGUGUCCGGCUGGGUUCCCACAGCCCCCCGUGAUCCUGGUGUCUCUGGACGGUUUCCGAGCCGGUUACCUGAAAGCCUACGGCGGUCUGCUGCCGGUCAUCAGCAAGCUGAAAAAUUGUGGUACCUCCACCCCAUACAUGAGGCCUGCAUACCCUACAAAGACUUUCCCCAAUCACUACACCAUAGUGACCGGCCUUUACCCAGAGUCCCACGGCAUUGUGGACAACAAGAUGUACGACGUCACCCGCAACGCCUCUUUCAGUCUCAGAACGGCCGAAAAAUUCAACGAGAAGUGGUACCAGGGCGAGCCGGUCUGGAUCACUGCCAUGCGCCAUAACCUCCGGACCGGAACGUUCUUCUGGCCCGGGUCCGAUGUCCCGAUCAGUGGGACCUACCCAAACUUCCACCAUGUCUAUGACAGGAACGUCCCGUUUGAGAAGAGAAUCACGACUAUACUACAGUGGCUGGAUCUGCCUGAAGGGACCCGGCCAGGUUUUUACACGCUUUAUCUGGAGGAGCCAGAUGGUGCAGGACAUCGCUAUGGACCAAUGAGCAGUCAGGUGAUCGAGGCUCUGCAGAGGGUCGACCGGAUCCUGGGGAUGCUGAUGGACGGGCUCAAACAGAGACACCUGCACAGGUGUGUUAACCUGGUCGUACUCUCCGAUCACGGAAUGGAGGAGGCCUCGUGCGCUAAAGCGGCCUACGUUUCCACGUACCAGGACAACAUCGCCGACUUCACCGUCGUCCAGGGCCCGGCCGCCAGGAUUAGGCCCAAGAAAAUUCCGGAGGAGUUUUUCACGUUUGACUAUGAAGGCUUGGUGAGGAACUUGUCGUGCAGAGCCCCUGACCAGCCAAUGAGGCCGUACCUGAAGGAGCACCUGCCCAAGCGGUUCCACUUCGCCAACAACGUCCGCAUCGAGCGUGCCCACCUCUACAUGAAGGCCCAGUGGCAGGCCGCUCUGAAGCCGGGGGAGAUGAAGUACUGUUCCGGAGGAUUCCAUGGCUCAGACAACCUAUUCAAGAACAUGCAGGCAAUUUUUAUGGGCUAUGGACCAGGGAUUAAGUCCGAGACUGAGGUGCCCCCGUUUGAAAACAUCGAAGUAUACAACCUCUUGUGUGAUUUAUUGGGAGUUACCCCGGCCCCCAACAAUGGGACCCACGGGAGCCUGAACCCCGUCCUGCGCAGGCCGGUGUACAGGCCGGUGUAUCCUGCAGAGCAGUCCUCUGCCUCCUCCUGCACUGCCCGCAGCUCCACUGCCGCCGACAGCCUCGGCUGCAGCUGCAGCUCGCUGUCCCCAGCACAGGAAGAGAAGCUGAACCAGAAGCUGAUUAAUGGCAGUUCUAAUUCUGCGCUGAAGUCUCUGCAUUUGCCGUUUGGUAUUCCGCGAGUCCUGCAGAAGACUGCGCAGUUCUGCGUUCUGCAGCACGCCGACUACAUCAGCGGGUACAGCAGGGACCUGCUCAUGCCCCUGUGGCUGGCCUACACCCUGGACACAGCCCUGGGGGAUGUCCAGCCCCUGCGACCGGACAGUGGCGACUGCGUGCGCGCGGAUGUGCGUCUCCCGGCAACGGCAAGCCAGACGUGCCUCAGAUAUCAGACUGACUCCGCCCUGUCCAUGGGCCUCCUGCAUCCUCCUAAUUUAGGACCGAAGGACACAGAGUUUGACUCUUUACUCACAAGCAACAUGGUGCCAAUGUUCCCUUCAUUUAAAGAUGUCUGGGCUCACAUCCACGAUGUGGUUCUGCAGAAGUACCUGAGAGAGCGGAACGGGGUGAAUGUGAUGAGUGGGCCCAUAUUUGAUCAGGACUUCGACGGAAACUACGACACCCCGAGAACGCCCAGGCCGAACGAGGCUGCCAUCCCCACACACUACUUCCUGGUCCUGACCAGCUGCCGGAACUCGUCCACCCCCCCUCAGCAGUGCCAGGGGCCCCUGGAGGCCCUGUCCUUCAUCCUGCCCCACCGGCCGGACAACACAGAGGCCUGCGCAGGCGGGGCAGAUGUGCAGUGGGUGGAGGAGUGGAUGCAGUUCCAUGUGGCUCGGGUUCGAGACAUCGAGCUUCUCACGGGGCUGAGCUUCUACCAUGACCAGCUGUCAAUCACAGACACCCUGCAGCUGAAGACCUUCCUGCACUCGUUCUGAAGGGCCUGCUCACCUCAGGAACCGCUGGAGAGAGAGAGAGAGAGAGAGAGAGAGAGGGAGAGAGAGGGAAUAAUGAGUAAAGAGGAACAGAAAGAAAGGAGAGAAGGAGAUGCCUCUUUCUCCGGGUGGGGUGUUGAGGCUUUGCAUUCUGGAUGUUCACGCAGACCCCGCUGAGCAGCCAGGACGAAGAACUCCGUGCUCCUCUUCCUCAGAAAGAGCGCUGGAAACUCCUGUUGCCAUGACAACUGCAUUCCCGGUUUCCCCCCCAAAUUCAUUUUUUAACGGCUGGGAUCAUUUUCCAGGAAAAUGUGGACAUUUUGAAAAUGACACAUUUUACUCCUCAAUUACUGUCCGUCUCAGCAUUAAAAACCCCACAGAACUCCACAUACAAUACGGACAAACAUACUCACAAUACCCCAAAAAUGUUUUUUUGGUUUUUAUUAUUAUUUUGUGUAUAUUGAUAUUAUCUUUGCACAGUUGAUAUUUUCAUAAUUAUUUUCCAUUUUGAACUGUCAUUUUGAUAUUGUCUUCCAAUGGACUAUUAAAUUGAUUUAAAUAAA